AUGCCUUUGAACGCGAACGAAGAGGCCCUUUUGGGCCGACCGGCAACGACUGAUCUCGAUGACCAUCAACGAGUUGAGUUCGCUCCUGAAGAGAAAAGCAAGAUUGGCAAAUGGACUCUCGCCGCGCUGAUCCUCAAUCGAACAAUCGGCUCUGGAAUCUUCUUGACACCCCAUCGUGUCCUUGCGGGUACAGGUUGCGUUGGUGGUGCUCUGUGCGUCUGGGUCCUAGGCGCUCUCCUUUCAAUAUGCGGCUUGUACGUCUGGCUCGAGUGUGGGCUGUCCAUGCCGCAGAGAAUGGUGCGAGGAGAAGAAAAGCCAAGAGGAGUGCCGAGGUCAGGAGGCGAGAAAAAUUACCUCGAGUUCAUGUUCCCAAACACCCGGCUGAAGUUGACCCAUAUUCAGACGACCUGCUCAUUCUCGAUCAUGUUCCUCCUCAUGUACAACCUGAGCGGGAACGCAAUCUCGUUCGCACUGCAAGUGUUGACUGCAAGUGGAUACUACGACAAAGAGUCUGGAGAAGUGCCAGAUUGCAGCGUUGUCAUCGGCAUCGCCAUAGCCGCGUUGACUGCUGUCAUUCUGCUCCACUCGUUCUCGAGGAGCAUGGGUAUAUUCAUCAACAAUGGUUUCGCCAUCCUCAAAGUCGCCUUGCUGCUCACCAUCAUCUGCCUCGGUAUCGCCAAAGCCGCAGGAAGAUUUGGCGGACCACAAGGUGUAGUCAGAAGCAACUUCACCCACGAUGUCUGGCAGACGCAACGAUCCGAUGUUGCUUCUUGGUCGAACUCGCUCAUGCUUUGCAUGUACGCCUUUUCGGGAUACGAGCAGCCAUUUUACGUUCUUGCAGAGACCAAGAGCCCUCGCAAGCACUUCCCGAGGUACACCGUACUGGCAAUGCUCAUCGCUGGACUUUUGUUCCUGCUGGUCAACAUUAGCUAUCUUCUGGUUGUGGACAAGAGCGAGAUCCUGCCUCGGCAUCCUGGUGAUAUUCCCUCCGGUCUCGACCUUGCGACACUUUUCUUCGACCACUUAUGGUCUGACGACCAUCAAGCAGCUGCGAAGGCGAUGGCUGCAAUCACAGCGUUCUCCAUCUUUGGUAACCUCUGGGUGAUGACCUUCACCGCAGCUCGAGUCAAGCAGGAAAUCGCCAAGGAAGGCAUACUACCAUUCUCCCUCUUCUUCGCCACAUCUUACCGAACACCGUACGGUAUGUGGCAACAAUGGCGUUCCAAGAGUCCGCUCCCGGAUGAAGAGGUUGACCAAGCACCCACAGCAGCUUUUGGUCUGCAUUGGUUCACCUCCGUCUUGCAGAUCGCUGUCACAGCAGCCAUUGUCGAUCCACGUACGACGUACUCGGUCCUUGUAUCUCUGUACGCAUACACCAUCAUUCUCGUUCUUGGUUGCUGGGUUUCCAUUGGCCUUCUUCUCACCAAGAUGAGAAAGCGAUUCGACUGGCAAGCCACACGUCGAUAUCGACCAUGGAUGUCUCCAGCACAUGCGAUUAUCUAUGCUCUCGCGACCGCCUUCAUGCUCAUCGCAGCUUUUGUUCCAACCAAGCGAGGGUCUCCUUUUGAUCAAUCUUUCACCAGCAUUCCAUGGUACAUAGUUCCAGCGGUCGGGAUCACAGGGCCUUUCUGGGGCAUUUUGUACUACUGGGCUUUCCUGCUCUAUGAAGCGAAGAUCAAAGGUCGAGAGCUCGUAGUGACAAGGCAGGCAUAUUGGAAGCCUGAUCCUCAUUGUCCAGGCGAGUACAUCCAACUUGCCGAGAAGAUUGACCACACAUGGGAGAUCGCCAUUCCAGAAGACAUGUCGUACGAGUUUGACAAGCCACUCAAUGGUGAGGGUAGGGCUGAUCUCGAGAUGGUUGGUGGAGGGAGGAGGAACCGAUUUCGCAAGCAGCCGGCUGUGGAUGAGGGGCGAGCAUCCGAUACCUUUGAGGAGUGA